ACCUGCAAAUUCGCCGCAACGCCUCGCUCGGCUCGUUGUGAAGGCAGACGCCGCUGCAAGUGCGUCGCAUAUAUACGUUGUUGACUGCUACGCGCCGCUAAGGUUGCCAAAGCAGCUGUCCGCGCUGCUGGACGGGUUGCACAAAAGAGCGUCUGACGUUUGGUGCGCCGCAAGCGCGGCAACGAUGGCCCGCUGGACCCUCGCCCUCCUCGCCGCGACGCACGCCUUCCAACCACAUGCACCGGUACAAAGGUUACGACCGUUACGAGUAGAGGUCUUCGACGAGGCGACUUUGCUCGUAGAGCAGGCCGUCGAAUGGAGCCGAGACGAGCACCCGCUCGCCGAACCCUGCGUCUGCGAGACGGCGGAGCCGAUCGUGACGUCGACCAUCUUCUGGAGUGUGGUCAAUGAUGCCUGUCAGUUUCCUGCGAAAGAAGCUAAUAUCAUCUUCGAUAAGGAUGAUUUCCCGGUGGACGAGUGGUCCGACAUGGUGUCGGGUCUGGGUAUUGAAGGUUUAACUUGUGAGGUGGAGGACGACGCUCCUUUACCUUGCGUGAAAGUGACGGUUGAUUGGUCACCGGAAGAUGCUGGGUUCGUGAGCGACGAGAUGGCGGACGCUUCUGUAGAAUCCCUGAAGACCUGGGUGCAGGACGUCAUCGUCGACUCGAAGGUCUGCCCCUUCACGCGUUCCGCCGAGGUCGCGGCGACAGGACUAGAAAACCAAGGCGUCGAGAAGGGCCCCAUCAUGUACCCCGUCUGCGGCGCCGUCGGGUCAGGUGGCGCUGCUUUAGUUAGAGUUCUGAGGGCCUUCUGGGGGUCUUCCAUAGACAUGCUCUCGCAGCCGCCCUCACAGGCUUCUACAGUACUUUUAAGUGUACCGGCGUAUGCGGAACGGGACCACGACGCCUUCGUUGACAUGACACAAGUCGUCGUGAAGACCCUGAAGCACAUCGGCGCGGAGCACCAACUCUCACUAGUAUUUUUUCAUCCCGAUUAUGAGAGAGAGGUGAUAGAACCGGUGGACUCGUUCACGCACGGCCACCUGCCCCCCCAAAAGUGGCUGCGGGCCUACGUGCGGCUCACGGAGGGCGAGGAGGUCGCUACGGGGUUGAGCGAGGCUCAAUUAAAACACGCCGACUAUCAAAGGAGGGCGCCCUUCACGAUGAUAAACAUUUUACGCUCGGAGCAGGUCGAGGCCGCCGAGGCGGUCGUCCCCUGGGAGGUCAUCGAGCCCGAGCCCGAUAGGCGGGUGCGCGUGUCCGGCGCGCGCGUCUACGCGAAGAACAUCUGGCGCUUCGCGACGGACGCGUCGGAGCGGACGGUGGACGGCUACAAGUACCUCGUGACGGGGGGCAAGGCCGGGAAGGGGCCGGCGGUCGGGGUUUCGUAAGAUCUAU